AUGGGACCAGCUCACAGUCUCCUGGAAUCCAACCUGGGGACGACUCAGACUCAGAACCCUGCUGGAGAUCUUCUCUACACAGGACCAAUAGCUUCCAAACUAUCACCCCCGGCCCCUGGGACCACUACAGGUGCUACCAUCGUCCUGAAGACAACUACACCAGCCUUCUCCUCCAUUACCAUCGCCACCAAGAAGAUCUCCAGGACGACAAGCCUCCGUGAGUCUAGACCUCUGAGCCCUGGAUCUAGAGCCCCCAGACCCCAGAGCUACCACUCUAAUGAGGCCAGGGUCCCAGGCUAUAAAGCCCCCAGGCCCCAGAGCUACCACUGUGAUGAGGCCAGGGUCCCAGGCUAUAAAACCCCCAGUCCCCAGAGCUACCACUGCGAAGAGGCCAGGGUCCCAGGCUAUAAAACCCCCAGGCCCCAGAGCUACCACUGCGAAGAGGCCAGGAGCUACCACUGCGACGAGGCCAGGGUCCCAGGCUAUAAACACCCCAGGCCCCAGAGCUACCACACAAACCAGGCCAGACUCUCCACCACCUGCACCUCUGUCACCCAGCAGGACCAGGUCCAUCACCACCACCCCACCGGCAACGACCCAGGCUCCACCCCUGUCACACUCAGGAGAAAGUCCACUGCCACCAUAGUCAAAGUGACCGAGCACAGAAGGAUGACCUCUGAACCUGUCAACCGACUGAAUGGAAGGCAGAGCCCUGUUUCAUCUGUGUCAGGUGACCAACCAAAUGAUCAGGGCACGGCGGUUCACAGGAGAAAAGCCACCGUCAUAAAAGUGACCGAACACAGAGAGAGCUACAGCCCAGGUCAGGAUGCCAGUGGUGUGAUCAGAAGCAGCAGUAGGCCGUCAGAGUACAGACACAGUUACACAGAGGGAGUGUACAGACACAAAUCCCCGUGGCAACAAUCCCCGUGGCAACAAGGAGCCAUGAAUUCAAACAUGAACUCUAUGGAAUCCCUCCAUAGUACCCCUCCCUCCCAGUACCUUCUAGAAUCAUCUAUGGACAGGAUAGACAGGCCCAACUCUGCUCUGUUCCUGACUCCAAACAAGUCCACCUCAACCACUACAGUUGCUCUGAGGGACCCAGAGGGAAGCAGAGGUGGAGGGAAGCCAAUACAGAAGUCUACCCUGAUGCUGUUCAUCAACCCCCCUUCUCCCUCUUCCAGAGAGACGUCCAUAGAGAAGCUGGACCCGGGAACUGGAGCCCAGAGACUGUUACUGUUAGCCCACAAGCUGGAGCCCGGGAACUGGAGCCCAGAGACUGUUACACAAACUGGACCCGGGAACUGGAGCCCAGAGACUGUUAAACAAGCUGGACCCGGGAACUGGAGCCCAGAGACUGUUAAACAAGCUGGACCCAGGAACUGGAGCUCAGAGACUGUUACUGUUAAACAAGCUGGACCCGGGAACUGGAGCCCAGAGACUGUUAAACAAGCUGGACCCGGGAACUGGAGCCCAGAGACUGUUACACAAGCUGGACCCGGGAACUGGAGCCCAGAGACUGUUAAACAAGCUGGACCCGGGAACUGGAGCCCAGAGACUGUUACUGUUACACAAGCUGGACCCGGGAACUGGAGCCCAGAGACUGUUACUGUUACACAAGCUGGACCCGGGAACUGGAGCCCAGAGACUGUUAAACAAGCUGGACCCGGGAACUGGAGCCCAGAGACUGUUAAACAAGCUGGACCCAGGAACUGGAGCCCAGAGACUGUUAAACAAGCUGGACCCGGGAACUGGAGCCCAGAGACUGUUACACAAGCUGGACCCAGGAACUGGAGCCCAGAGACUGUUAAACAAGCUGGACCCGGGAACUGGAGCCCAGAGACUGUUACUGUUACACAAGCUGGACCCAGGAACUGGAGCCCAGAGACUGUUAAACAAGCUGGACCCAGGAACUGGAGCCCAGAGACUGUUAAACAAGCUGGACCCAGGAACUGGAGCAUGGGACUUCCUAACCAGACCCAGAAUUCUAAUAUUGACCCAGUGAGGGACUGGGUCAAGGACACUGCUACCAGCAACAGUAGAUUAAACACUGGAUCUUCUAGCUUUUCCAUCACUGCUGGACCAGCAGGCAGGGACAGGGAGAUGUGUCCCCCAGAGACAGAGUCCUCCAGACCAGAGGGAAGAGGGACUGAGAGAGAGAUGUGUCCCCCAGAGACAGAGUCCUCCAGACCAGAGGGAAGAGGGACUGAGAGAGAGAUGUGUCCCCCAGAGACAGAGUCCUCCAGACCAGAGGGAAGAGGUACUGAGAAAGCAGGAGAUCUAACACAACAUCCACACCAGGCAGAUGCCAGGAGCAGCCAACCACAACCUACAGCUAUCCCUCACAUCAAGCACCAAGAGCCCCAGUCACAUCAGCAGUCUCCUGAGGCUGUCCUGGCCCUCAACGCCGCCGCCGUCAUAGCUCAUAUCAAACUCCAGAGACAACUGAGCCUGAGGAAGACAACACCACAUGACCUUUCUACACAGGACUCAAGGUCACCCACAACACCGGAGGGGGGGGAAGCACUGGUGAAGAAUGCUGGUGGUUGUGUGCGACCCAGGACUAAUGACAACAGACUAGACCCUGGUGAGACCACCAGAACCAAACAUCACACAACCCAGAUUGAUGUUGGGUUUAUUCCACUGAAUUCUGAUUCUGACCCGGAAACAAGCAAAGCCAACAUUCCAUCACCCAGGGAGGCUCUGGAGCGAUCCAGACCACACUUCAUCAGUCGCUCUCAGGGCAGACUGAGAGAGAUGGAGAGGCGGGCGGAAGAGAGGAGGGAGGAGAGGCGCUCUGACCACCAGCCAGAGGAGAUGAUGCUGAUGCACCAUAGAGGACACAGCACCAGACCCAGUCCUCUUAGUGAUAACCUUUUCCGACCCAGAGAUAGAGCCAUUACAGGGAAGGAGAUGCAGCUCAGAACCAGGCAGAACUAUAAAAAUCUGCCGGAGGUGAGGAGGAAACAGGACGAAGAGAAGAGGAGGGAGGACUUCCUGACUAACAGGCUGAGAGCAGAUCUCUUCAAAAAGAAACUGUUAGAACAGAUCCUUCAAAGGGCUAGUCACUGAGUGAAGCCAAGGAUGAAUGGUCCGAACGUACGUGAUCUCCCCCCUCCUUCCAGCAUACUGCCCUACUUUGAGAGACCCAACAACCAUCAAGACGGACUAACGAUUAUCCCAACGACAGUAUUAAUGCACAUUAUAAUUAAGCAACAUCAUAAAAAUAAAAAAAGAUAAACCAUUUUUAAAAAUUUGUAGUGAAAAUGGGUGUCAUUAGAAAUGAAACAAAACGAUGUUAUAAUGUUCCAAUGUUUUAAUGAUAACGUCUUUCAUCAUCAUAUUACUGCUGUUUAUGAUCCAAAAACCCUGUUUGGUUUACAGAAGCACACUGGCUAUGUGUUUUACUGCUCCUAAGCCAAUCGUAUCGAAUCCUACUGAGAGCUGCUCCUAAGCCAAUCGUAUUGAAUCCUACGGAGAGCUGCUCCUAAGCCAAUCGUAUCGAAUCCUACUGAGAGCUGCUCCUAAGCCAAUCGUAUUGAAUCCUACGGAGAGCUGCUCCUAAGCCAAUCGUAUCGAAUCCUACGGAGAGCUGCUCCUAAGCCAAUCGUAUCGAAUCCUACGGAGAGCUGCUCCUAAGCCAAUCGUAUCGAAUCCUACGGAGAGCUGCUCCUAAGCCAAUCGUAUCGAAUCCUACGGAGAGCUGCUCCUAAGCCAAUCGUAUCGAAUCCUACGGAGAGCUGCUCCUAAGCCAAUCGUAUCGAAUCCUACGGAGAGCUGCUCCUAAGCCAAUCGUAUCGAAUCCUACGGAGAGCUCCAAUGAAUGUCUGUCUACUCUUCACCAGAAGCUUUCUGAGGGUAUGUAGAAAAAUGCGUAGAAUACCGGUUUAGUUGUGGGAUUACAAUGUAACGAAUGUUGUUGUUCUAUGUUAUCUAUGUUAUCUAUGGUAUCUAUGUUAUCUAUGCAUAUGGGCUGUGUACUGUAUUCAAGCCUUCCAUUAAAAAAACUGUAUCGUU